AUGUCGGACACCAAGGUGAAAGUUGCCGUCAGGGUCCGGCCCAUGAACAAGAGAGAGCUGGACCUGAAUACCAAGUGCAUCGUGGAGAUGGAAGGGAACCAGACUGUGCUUCACCCGCCGCCUUCCAACGCCAAGCAAGGAGAGAGAAAACCACCAAAGGUGUUUGCCUUUGAUCACUGCUUCUGGUCCAUGGAUGAAUCAAACACCACAAAAUAUGCAGGUCAGGAAGUGGUGUUCAAGUGCCUUGGAGAAGGAAUUCUGGAAAAGGCCUUUCAGGGAUAUAAUGCCUGUAUUUUUGCCUAUGGACAGACAGGUUCAGGAAAAUCAUUUUCCAUGAUGGGCAAUGCAGAGCAGCUGGGUCUGAUCCCACGGCUCUGUUGUGCUUUAUUUCAGAGAAUCUCUGUAGAAGAAAAUGAAUCUCAUACUUUUAAAGUUGAAGUGUCCUAUAUGGAAAUCUACAAUGAGAAAGUCAGAGAUCUGCUUGACCCAAAAGGGAGUCGGCAGUCCCUCAAGGUUCGAGAGCACAAGGUGUUGGGUCCGUAUGUCGAUGGCCUGUCUCAGCUGGCUGUUACAAACUUUGAGGAUAUUGAGUCACUGAUGUCAGAGGGAAACAAAUCACGAACAGUUGCAGCAACCAACAUGAAUGAAGAAAGCAGCCGCUCUCAUGCCGUGUUCAAUAUUAUAGUGACUCAGACACUCUAUGACCUGCAUUCUGGUAAUUCUGGAGAGAAGGUCAGCAAGAUCAGCCUGGUGGAUUUGGCUGGGAGCGAGAGAGUGUCCAAAACGGGAGCUGCAGGAGAGCGUCUGAAGGAAGGCAGCAACAUAAACAAAUCUCUUUCAACACUGGGGUUGGUUAUAUCAUCACUUGCUGACCAAGCAGCAGGGAAGGGGAAAAACAAGUUUGUGCCUUACAGAGACUCUGUACUCACUUGGCUUCUCAAGGACAACUUGGGAGGAAACAGCCAAACUGCCAUGAUAGCCACAAUUAGUCCAGCAGCAGACAACUAUGAAGAAACACUCUCUACUCUGAGAUAUGCAGACAGAGCCAAAAGGAUUGUUAAUCAUGCUGUGGUGAAUGAAGAUCCAAAUGCUAGGGUCAUCAGAGAAUUACGUGAAGAAGUUGAAAAACUGAAAGAGCAGCUCUCACAAGCCGAGGCCAUGAAGGCACCAGAACUGAAGGAAAAAUUGGAAGAAUCAGAAAAGCUAAUAAAAGAGCUGACAGUCACCUGGGAAGAAAAGCUAAGGAAAACAGAAGAAAUUGCACAGGAGAGGCAAAGACAGCUGGAGAGCAUGGGAAUCUCCCUUGAGUCUUCAGGUAUCAAGGUUGGGGAUGACAAGUGUUACCUGGUGAACCUGAAUGCAGACCCUGCGCUCAAUGAGCUUUUGGUUUACUAUUUAAAGGAUCACACAAGAGUUGGUGCAGAUACUUCUCAGGAUAUACAGCUCUUUGGUAUAGGAAUCCAACCAGAGCACUGUGAGAUUGAUAUUGCUUUAGAUGGAGAAGUUACACUCACACCAAAAGAAAACGCAAGAUCCUGUGUAAAUGGUGUGCUGGUAUGUUCUGCCACUCAGUUAUGGCAUGGAGAUAGAAUAUUAUGGGGAAACAACCACUUUUUUAGAAUCAAUUUACCAAAGAGGAAACGUCGAGAUUGGCUGAAAGACCUUGAGAAAGAAACUUCCUUAGGAGAGCAUGAUCUGGAUGCAGCUAGUGAAGCUUCUUCAGAACCAGACUACAACUAUGAGUUUGCACAAAUGGAAGUUAUUAUGAAGACACUGAAUAGUAAUGGAGAUGAAUUCCAGAUGAAUCUGCCAUCCUGGUGGUCUUCAGUGUUGUCAUCCCUUGUGAAGAUUCUGUUGCCCAUUUUAAGGCCUCAAGCCAUCCCAUAUCUGUGCCAAAACUGGGACAAAGACCCAGUACAAAAUGUGGUCCAGAUCUUGGAGAAGCAGUACUUGGAGGAGAAGCGGAGCGCUCUGGAGGAGCAGCGGGUGAUGUACGAGCGCGAGCUGGAGCUGCUGCGGCAGCAGCUCUCCCCAGAAAGGCAGCACCAGCACGGCAGCGACAGGCUCUCCUACACUGCUCAGGCUGCACAGCAGAAAGUGAAUCUCUGGACAGAGGAGAGGGAUGAAUUGUUUCGACAGAGCCUGGCUAAACUUCGAGAGCAAAUAGUAAAGGCAAAUACUCUGGUGAGAGAAGCAAACUUCUUAGCAGAAGAAAUGAGUAAGCUAACAGAUUAUCAAGUGACACUUCAGAUCCCUGCUGAAAACCUCAGUGCCAACAAAAAGAGGGGUGCAAUAGUAAGUGAGCCUGCAAUUCAAGUGAGAAGAAAAGGAAAAGGUACUCAAGUGUGGACUAUUGAGAAACUAGAGAACAAAUUGAUUGACAUGAGAGACCUCUAUCAAGAAUGGAAGGAAAAAAUUCCUGAGAUAAAGAAGCUGAUUGGCAAGAGAGGAGAUCCUUUCUACGAAGCGCAGGAGAACCACAACUUGAUUGGCGUCGCCAACGUGUUUCUGGAGUGCCUUUUCUACGACAUGAAGCUGCAGUACGCCGUGCCCAUCAUCAGCCAGCAAGGCGAGGUGGCAGGGCGGCUGCAUGUUGAAGUCAUGCGUGUCACUGGGUCUGUCCCAGAACGUGUGGUAGAAGGAGAUGACUCGUCCGAGAACUCCAGUGAGAGUGGGAGUCUGGAAGUCAUGGAUAGCAAUGGAGAAAUCAUCCACAGAGCGAAAAAGCUCUCCUGCAGGGUAAAAAUAAAAGAAGCAACUGGACUGCCACCUAAUCUCUCCAACUUUGUCUUUUGUCAAUACACGUUUUGGGAUCAAUGCCAGUCAACAGUAGCAGCACCAGUGGUAGAUCCAGAUGUGCCUUCAUCUCAGAGCAAAGAUGCUCAUUUUACAGUGAUCUUCUCUCACUGUAAGGACUACGUGGUGAAUGUCACAGAGGAGUUUUUGGAGUUCAUUUCAGAAGGAGCUCUUGCUAUUGAGGUGUGGGGUCACAGGUGUACUGGCAAUGGCAGCUCUGUUUGGGAAGUUGAUUCUCUUCAUGCAAAAACUAGGACACUGAGAGACAGAUGGAAUGAAGUGACUCGAAGAAUAGAAAUGUGGAUUUCCAUACAAGAAUUGAAUGAGAUGGGUGAAUACACUGCGGUUGAACUCCAUCAGGCAAAAGAUGUAAACACUGGGGGAAUUUUCCAGCUCAGGCAGGGUCAUUCUCGCAGAGUUCAGGUGACGGUGAAACCCGUGCAGCAUUCGGGAACGUUGCCUCUCAUGGUAGAAGCAAUUCUUUCAGUGUCUGUAGGUGGGGUGACUGCCAGAUCAACCAAACUGCAAAGGGGCUUGGACAGCUACCAGAAGGAGGAGGAUGAUGGUGGUGAUAUGGAUAGUUACCAGGAAGAAGAUUUGAACUGUGUACGAGAAAGGUGGUCUGAUGCAUUAAUAAAACGUAAAGAAUACUUAGAUGAGCAGAUCAAAAAGAUCAGCAACAAACAAGACAAGUCUGAGGAUGACAUAGAACGAGAAGCCCGGCUGGUGGAACAGUGGGUAGGGCUGACAGAAGAGAGGAAUGCGGUGUUUGUUCCAGCACCAGGCAGCGGAAUUCCUGGUGCCCCCGCAAAUUGGAUUCCACCUGCAGGAAUGGAAACACAUAUACCUGUCCUAUUCCUUGAUCUGAAUGCUGAUGACCUCAGUGCCAAUGAACAACUUAUAGGUCCCCAUGCAUCAGGAGUUAACUCAAUACUACCAAAGGAGCAUGGGAGCCCAUUCUUUUAUCUGCCGAUCAUAAAACACAGUGAUGAUGAGGUUUCAGCCACUGCUGCCUGGGACUCUUCUGUCCAUGAUUCAGUGCACCUGAAUAGGGUAACUCCUCAAAAUGAGAGAAUUUACUUAAUAGUGAAGACCACUGUGCAGCUCAGUCACCCUGCUGCAAUGGAACUGGUAUUACGAAAAAGGAUUGCAGCCAACAUUUAUAACAAGCAGAGUUUUACCCAGAGUCUGAAAAGGAGAAUAUCCUUGAAAAAUAUAUAUUAUGCCUGUGGAGUGACUUAUGAAAUAGUAUCCAAUAUACCAAAGGCUACAGAAGAAAUUGAGGAUCGUGAGACCUUAGCGCUGAUGGCUGCAAGGAGUGAGAAUGAGGGUACAUCAGAUGGCGAAACCUACAUUGAGAAAUACACACGUGGUGUGCUGCAAGUGGAGAACAUUCUGAGCCUUGAACGACUAAGACAGGCAGUCACUGUCAAAGAGGCACUCUCCACCAAAGCCAGGAACAUCCGCAGGAGCAUCAGCACUCCGAACGUGCACAAUGUGUCCUGUAGUCGACUGGAUCUUUCUGCCUGCGAUGAAGAUGACAAGGGUUGGUCUGAAAGUCACCUAGAUAUAUCUGACUGUUGUUCCAGUUAUCAAGACGUAUCAUGCUAUGGUACUUUACCCAGGGAGUCACCUCGCAAGAGCAAAGAUGGCAGUGGUGUUGUAGCAGAGAAUUCCCAUGCUUUAAUGGCCAGCCCCUUUAAAGCAUUUUCUCCCCAGCCACCAAAGUUUUUCAAGCCCUUAAUGCCAGUGAAAGAGGAACAUAAAAGGAAGACCCCACUUGAAAGCCGACCUCUACUUAGUCAAGAGAGCAUGCCUCCAUCUCAGGUGCACUGUGCUGGCUGUGUUGUGCCUGCAGGAAGCAGUGCCAGCAGCGUGCCUGAGGAGAAGAUUGACUCUGAGGAGGAAGACAGUGAGUUGGAGGCCAUUAAUAAGAAACUGAUGAGUCCACAAAGUUUUCAAAAUUUCCGGCCUUAUGUACCGGAGGAGUUUGCCGACUUCAGUAUUUACAAUGCCAGCCUGGAGAACAGGGAGUGGUUUUCCUCUAAAUCAGACUUCAUGAGCUCCCGUGUUCUUGAGAAAGAGGUGUCCCGCAGCCCCACCACUAGCAGCAUCACUAGUGGCUACUUUUCCCACAGUGCCUCUAAUGCCACCCUGUCUGACAUGCUUGUUCCCUGUAGUGAUAGCACAGACCAGCUAGCCACUCACUCCAAGGAGCUGGACUCUAGUGAUCCUUCGGGAUCAUCCCUUGCACAUGAUUUAAGAUCUUCUUUGAACAAGGAAUGUCGAGAGUUAGAAAAGGAGUUAGUGAGAGAGAAGUUACCUGUGGUACCACUGAAAGAAAACAGUGCCUUAGCAGAGCAAGUACCACUGUCAUUCAGUGCCACUGACAGAGACUCUCAGCAGUUACCCAGAGCUGGAUCCCUCUCAGCUCUAAGUUCCUUGGACGGCAAAAACACCAUCGAAUUUUCAGCACGCGAGGUGACAGUUGAACACAUGACGGAUGUUCUGGAAGACCACUCCUUUACUGAGUUCAUGGGCGUUGAAGAUGGGAAGGACUUUGACCAUUCAACAGCUCCACAGUCAUGUUCCCUUCUGUCCCCUAAUGGAGCAAGCACCUCGGAGUCACCCCAAGGCCCUUGCAAGGGGCAGAGCCCAUGCACGGGCCAGCAGAGCUCUGCAGCAGCAGCAGGUGAAAACUGGCUUGCGGAUGCUAUGGAAAGCCCUUUUUGUUCUGGACUGGUGAAAGACACUUCAGCCCCUGAGACUUACCCUGACGCUUCCAUGGACGAUUUUAUUACAAAGGACCACUUGGAUGGUUCUGAUUGUGAAGAAGGUGCUUCUGCAGGUCAAGCCCACGUCUUGCCGAGCUGGGUGGCUGUGGGUGAGCAAGUCUGUGUUGGAAGUAAUAAGAUGGGCACAGUGAGAUACGUUGGAACAGUAGAUUUUUCAGCUGGAAUCUGGGUUGGAGUUGAACUCAAUGUUCAGCUGGGGAAGCACGAUGGGAUUGUGAAAGGCAGAGAGUACUUCCACUGCAAACCGCGACACGGUGUCUUCGUUCGUCCUGGGCGCCUCAGCAAAGCACCAGCUCCCACAAGGAAAUGGAGUAGCACUUCCCGGUCUCAGGCAUCUUCCACUUCGGAGAAACGGAAGGGUUCUGUUCAUCAAGGCUCAUCAGCCACUCCCAAGACAGGAGGAGACGUCCUCUGCCAUUCAGGAGAUGCAGCGGCUUCUGCUUUUUCUAGGAAACAGGAAAACAGGAAAUCUUGGAUUAACUAAACCACAGUAUUUUUGCACUUACUACACUCAUCACUGUGUAGAAAACUUUAUGGAUUUUUGAAGCUAUUGUACAUUUUAACCUGUCCAUAUGGAAUGUGUAUUCUCUAGAGUCCUUGACUUAAUUCUCUAAUUUUUUAUAAAUAAUAUAUAUAUUAUAUAUAUAUGAAUGUGUAUCUAUAGUUCGUCUGCCAGUGGGCAGAUACGGCUGCACACUAAAACACAGUUAAAGCUGAUUGUAGAUAACUGAGGUACUGGACUAUUUGUUA